UGUUUGUUAUUAUUCCGGCACACUAGGUGGCGGAAGUGAGCUGUAAAGUUGCCAUGCCAACCAACACAAAGAAGAAGCGCUGCCUUAUUUUUAGUGUAUAAUCAGGCAGCUGCUUUUCUCGCAGCUAAUGCUAAUCAUUUCUGCAUCAAAAUAUUCCUGAGAGCAUUGUCACAAACAGCAAUGUGAGGUGAUCGAGUUAAACCUAGCUCAUGUUUGAGAUGUGCUCUAAAGUCCAGCAUCACUGAUGUUAACACUUAGACCUCUCACAAUGGAAUCAGAAGAUGUCAAAGACAGCUGUUUAGGAAAAAUGGCUCCCAGUCCGGCUCCAGAGGGCUCACAGCUAAGCGAAGACACUUCAGCUGAGGAGACAUUAAACUCAGGGGGACACGUCACCAUUGUGGACCACCAGAAGGUCGUAAAGAAGGAGGAACCUGAAGAUGAAGGCUACAUCUGUAAGACCGCAGAUGGAGAAAUAUCUGAGACCAAUGUCACCCCUGUCGAGCAAUCAGACGAAGAAAGCAUGAAAACUGUUAAAGAAGAAGAAGAAGAACCCGAAGAAGACGAAUUCCUCUGUGGAGGAACAUCAGUCUCUGUGAGACGUGUCGUCGUCGUGGACGAGAACAACGAAGAAUUUCAGAGCAAGUCUAUAAAAGAGGAGGAACCUGAAGAUGAUGACUAUCUGUACUGUGAGGAUUGCAGAUCUUUCUUCAUCAGUGAGUGUGAGGUUCACGGCCCAGCUCUCUUCAUCCGGGAUACGCUCGUUCCACUGGGGGUCGCUGACCGAGCCAAACAAACCCUUCCUCUCAGUCUAGAGAUUCUGAAGUCUAGUAUUUCUGACUCAGGCCUGGGAGUGUUUAAUAAGGGAGACACUCUUCCAGUCGGUGUGCACUUCGGGCCCUAUGAGGGAGACCUGGUAGACAGAGAGGAAGCCAUGAACAGUGUGUUCUCUUGGGUGCUCUACAAGAACGUGCAGUGUGAGGAAUACAUCAAUGCCAAGAGAGAGACACAUGCUAACUGGAUGAGAUAUGUGAAUUGCGCUCGUAACAGCGAGGAGAAGAAUCUCAUGGCGUUCCAGUAUCGAGGAGGGAUUCUGUAUCGUUGUUGUCAAGCCAUCAAACCAGGGCAGGAGCUUUUGGUGUGGUACGAAGAAGAAUACGCCAAACAUCUCGGUGUUACAUUUCACUACCUGUGGAACAAAAAGUCGACAAACAGCAACGAAAUGAAGAGCUUUCCGUUGCAAGUAUUCUCCUGUUCAUCGUGUUCCUUUUCCUACACGUCCCAAAUUUACCUCCACAAACACAUCAAACGAUGCCAUAACGAAGAAUAUGUGAGACUCCUGAAAUGUGGAGCGAUUAAACAUAACAAUCAGACGUCUUCGAACAGUUCCGGCAGUCAGCAAAUGUCCUCCGGAAACAUCCUGGCUAAAAACGGACAAACGGAGAAAGAAAUCCAUCACUGCUCAGACUGUGGGAAGAGUUUUACUAACCCGAGUUAUCUCCUACAACACCAGCAAGUCCAUACCCGAGAAAGGCCUUAUCACUGCUCGGAGUGCGGGAAGAGUUUUACAAGACCCAUUAACCUCCAGAUACAUCAGCGCAUUCACACAGGAGAGAAACUGUAUCACUGCUCGCAGUGCGGAAAGGAUUUUACCCGACAGAAUCAUUUCCAGUUACACCAGCACAUGCACACGGGGGAGAAGCCGUAUCAGUGCUCGGAGUGCGGGAAGAAUUUUACUCGACCGGGUAACCUCCAGCUACACAAGCGCAUUCACACCGGGGAGAAGCCGUACCACUGCAUAGAGUGUGGAAGGAGUUUCACACAACAGACAAGUUUACAACUUCACCAGCGCAUUCACACGGGAGAGAAGCCGUUUUGCUGCUCACAGUGUGAGAAGAGCUUUACUCGGCUCAGUACUCUCCAAAGACACCAGCUCGUCCACACGGGAGAGAAACCGUUUCAGUGCUCAGAUUGCGGCAAGAGUUUUACACAACAGGUUAAUCUCCAGCUUCACCAGCGUCUUCACACGGGAGAGAAGCCGUGUCACUGCACACAGUGCGGGAAGAGUUUCACACGCCUCAGCACUCUCCAAAGACACCAGCGGGUUCACACGGGGGAGAAGCUGUAUCACUGCUCGGAGUGCGGAAAGUGUUUCACACAACAGGUUAACCUCCGAUUUCACCAGCGUGUCCACACGGGAGAGAAGCCCUUUCAGUGCUCGCAGUGCGGGAAGAGUUUUACUCACCUGAGUACGCUCCAGAGACACCAGCGCAUUCACACCGGAGAGAAGCCGUAUCUCUGCUCGCAGUGCGGGAAGAGCUUUACUCACCUGAGUACGCUACAGAGACACCAGCUCAUCCACACAGGAGAGAAACCCUAUCUAUGCAUACAGUGUGGGAAAAGUUUUACUCAACUCGGUACUCUUCAAAAACACCAGCAAAUUCACACAAAAGAUAAAACCUACUACACCUCAUAGUGUGGAGUACCUUUACACAAAUCCUUAACGUUCAAACAAAUCAAACAUUUUAUUUACAGGUCACUAAUGCCCCUUUUCCACCGGGGCAGUUUGAGUGCUGGUUCGGAGCCUAAUUUAGAACCAGUUCUUUCUUUUCCGACAGCCAAAGCACCGGCUCUGAACCAGGAAAAGUGGUUCUUAAGUAGCACCAAAACGUUUCUGGUCUAGUCUUAAGAACCGCUUGCGUCAGGGGCUGUGGGCGGGGCUGUGGGCGGGGCUACUGUUAGCGCCUGGGGGCGGGGCUACUGUUAGCGCAUUUGAUAAUGUACCUUAAGUAUACUAAUGUUUAAUACACUUUUACUUUACCGCGAUAUGAUACAUUAUCAGCACACAUGAUAGUAAGUAGCUACAUGCUAAGGCUAACUUUUUUCUGUGUUAAUGAUAAAAUAACGUUAUGUACUUUCUCGAUAACAACCUCCGUUUAUACAGAUUACAUGGAGCUGCACGUACACGUUGGAUUCGCUCCGUUUGGGUGUUAAUGUAGGUUCACAAAGCCAUGAGUAUUAACAGUAAAGCAACAUCCACCAUUGUUGAUGUGUUUGUGUUUGUCGCUGCUGCGCUAACGUUACUGUGUAACGUGACACGUAUACAGUGACGUCAGACUCGGCUCUGUGAUGCUCUCUAACCGGUUUAAAGGCAAACCGGUUCUUAGAAGGUUCACCAGUGGAACCAACUUCAAACCAGCACCAGCGCUAGCUCUGAACCAGCACUCGGUUCUUUUUGGUGGAAAAGGGGUACAUGUGACUCCCAGAGCCAGCAAGACCUUUGGUUAAAUAGAAUAGGUUUAAAGCCUAGCGUUGCCUUAAGCAUGAAAACUGAGGAUACAAACAUGUGGCCUGGUUGCAAGAGAAAAGCCUUGAGAGGCUCAGUGGUCCUUAUGGAUUUUACACAAACGGUUCAUUUUCUAAAACAAGAGUUCUACAUAUAAUAAUAUUAAAAUGCCAAGAAGUCUGACUGAUUGUCUGUUUGGCCAAACAGCAUGAAACUAUCCCAGUUUACAAUAUAACUCCCAGAGUUUCACCUUUACUUAAGAGAACAACAACGCAACAAUGCCUGAGUUAACACAAAGGCUUUGUAGGGCUUUGUAGAACCUCCCCAUGCUGUAAGCGUUAAGUACUGAUAAAGAACCUGUACCUUUUUGUUCUAGCAGACAUUGUGGAUUAUAAUAGACCAAAAUCUUCCUUAGCUAGUGUGCAGUAUUUAAUAAAUCAGUGUGAACCUUUACAGGGAGUCAGUGUAGUGUGGGUACUGUGUGUAUUGCUGAUGUAGUCAAACCUUCUAGCACUUUCUAUCUGCUGCGUUCUGGAUCCUGUUAAAUUAACCCAACUUUGAGGUUAUUAAAACAUGAAAUCGACUUUUCUGCCUUGUAUUCUGAGAUGUAAAGAAUCACCUGGAUAUCUGUUUGUGUGUGCAUGCUGAGACCAUACAAUCACAUAUUAGUAUAGACUUUUCACCUUGUGCGCCAUAGGAAGCUACACUAUAUGGCUAAAAGUAUGUGCCCCCUGACCAUCACACCCAUAUGAUCUUCUUCCCCAAACUGUUUCCACAAAGUCCAGAGCACACAGUUGUACAGAACGUCUCUGUGUGUGUAGUGUUACAGCUGCUCCAUCAUGGCAAUGUCAUUGUGCACAAAGCAGCUCCAUGAAGACACGGUGUGGAGGUGAAGACUGGAGUGAAGAUCUCGAGAUCUCGAGCACGGAGUCUGACUUAACACCACUGAACACCUUUGGGAUGAACUGGAACUGGAGUCUCCCGAACAUUUCAAAAUCAGAGUCUGAUCACAUGAACACUAAUCCACACAGCCACAAUCCAACAUCUAGUGGAAACAUUUUCCAUAAGAGAAGAUAAGACUGGCACUGAUUGUAACAGCAAACACUGUGGAUUGAGACGUUCAGCAUGCACACGUGGGUUUGAUGGUCAGAGGUACACAUACUUGGUCAUACAGUUUGUCUGCUUGAUGUAAGGUUAAUUAUCAGUACUUCUGUUUCUAAAAAUAUGAUGAUUCUUCCUUUUCCCCUUCAAAUCCUGGGAUGUGUGUGUGUUUGAGGGGAAAUUGGAAAGAAAGAAUCUGAAUCCUUUGGUUCUCUCAGGCAUGUGCAGGAACCUUGGUGUCAGAUGUGUUGACUCAGGCUGGAUAAAUAAUCAGUAGCACGGUGAGAUGAUACUGAGAACAUGGUUCAAAGCUGAUUCAACACAUUUCUGGAUUAUUGAGGACUGACCGUUAAUAUUUGCAUUGUUUCUCUUCUCCAUUCCUCUGUGUUUACAUGUUUUUUAAAUAAUGUACAAGCCAUUGUUCUUGUAUGAAUAACUCUUCUAUGUGAAAAAUGUGAAAGUGUCUUAUUUCUCCUCAUUUCUGUAAUUGAAGAACUACAUCGAUGUUUUUGUUCUAA